AUGCUCGACAUGUACAAGUUCGGGACUGUUGAAUUCAGUCCCGUUAAGCCGUACGAUAUUGUCAUUGUUGGUGGGGGUGCUGCUGGUAUUGGAGCAGCUAUUGGGGCCAGGCAGGCUGCUCAAGAUGCCACAAUCCUCAUUAUUGAGUCGGAGAGCUGUCUCGGCGGUGCAGCCACUCACCGUGGAGUGUGCGCGUUUUGCGGCCUCUUCACGGUGGAUGAGAAACCACGACAGGCGGUUGGAAGAAUUUGGCAAGAGCUGAGACAGAGGCUGCGUGCCCUCAAUGGGACCACAGAAUCUCCCGUGCGAAUCCGGGGAGUUUUUCAAGUUGUAGAUCCUGAGGCUUUGAAGCUUGUUCUCGAUGAUCUCAUGAAAGACUACAAUAUUGACGUGCUUCUGCACACCACUGUCGUGGGCGCUACUCGGUCGGAGUCAAAUACGAUCGUCUCGAUUGAUAUACAAGAAAAGCGAGGCCGAUCAAGGGUUUCUGCUUACGCGUUUGUUGACUGCUCUGGAGAUUGCGACUUGGCCUACCUCGCGGGUGCUUCAACACGAUAUGGAAACCACGGCACACUGAAUUUGGGUUCCCUCUCAGUCCGCUUCAGUGGCAUCGAUCAAAAUGCGAGGCCCUCUAUAUCUACCUGGCGUGAUGCAAUCAUUGCUGCUAAACAAAAAGCGCCAGAACUUAGCCAAAUACUUCCCAAAAAUGGGUCAGCACUGCUCCAUAUGCCAGUUUCAAGAGACGUGAUUGCAUUCCUGCCCUCUGCAUACUACGACACGCGGAGCUCAGCGAGCAUUACAGCGGCCGAGCAGUCGGGAAGAAGGCAGGCCCAGGAGUAUCUACGAAUUCUGCGCACUUUGCCAGGACAUGAAGACAUGUAUGUGGUCUCCACGGGACCCAAUUUUGGCUGCCGGGAGAGUCGGCACAUGAAUUCGAUGUACCAACUUACAGAAGAAGACAUAAUGUCUGAUCGCAGGUUCUCCGAUGUUAUUGCGAUUGGUGCAUGGGGUUUUGAGUUUCAUGAUGUCGAGCACGAGAACUGGGAAAGCACUUUUACGUACCCUCCGAAAGGGAGAUUCGAGAUUCCGCUUGCGUCACUCAGGAGUAUUGACACGCCAAACCUGUUUGCAGCUGGAAGAUGUAUAGAUGCAGAUCAAAAAGCAAGCAGCGCAGUGCGGGUAAUGGGAACUGCCCUCGCCACAGGGCAGGCUGCAGGAGUCGCAGCGGGGCUUGAGUCAAUGAGGGGAUCCAAAGAUCUAUGGGAUGUAACGCAGGUACAGGACUGCCUGCGGGCUCACGGAGCAUUCCUAGACUCGGCGUCCCUGCCAGAGGGGGGUCCCAUAGAGCAGAUUCAUUGA